GGAUGUGGACGUGGCACAGGCUGCGGCAGUUCCGCUGGAUGUCCGCUUCAGCCCCAGAGCUCCGUGAAACCGAAAGGGAUUAGUGCAACUCCCCGGGACGACUUUGGCCUCGUAGUGUCCGCUUCAGCUGCGGGUUUUUGCUCUGCACCGACCAGGGAACAGCCUGACUCUUCACCGCGGCUGGGAGUUUUAGGGAUGAACUGAGGAUGAAUGUAAACCAGCACACUCCGAUGGCCUCUCCGUACGGCCAGCCCCCGCCCGGGUACCCUCAGCCCGGGUACGGCCCUCUCGAUGGGGGAUACCAUGCUCCCUACGCCCCCUACAACGGACCAGCCUCUGCCUACCAACCGGGAGCCCCCCAACAAGGUUACUCUCCUUUCUCCAGUUGUCCCUCUAAAGCUGUGGCCGCAAACCCAGUCUCUGACCUCUCCUCUCCUCUUGACUUGGGCCCCUCCAGAGCUCCUCCCACCUCGGCCCCGCCUCCCGUCUCUGCGCCUCAGCCGUAUAGCCAGUACAGCCAAUCACAGGCCAGCAUCCAGAAUGGACCCCCACCGCUGACCCAAGCCCCGCCCAUGACCCAAGCUCCGCCAAGGCCUCCAGUGUCUCAGCCUUACCACCAGGGGGCCGUGAACAUGUCCGGACCCCCUCAGCCUUCAUACCCGCCACACUACGGCCCUCCUCCCACAAUGCAACAGGUCUCCAAUCAGAUGGGAGGGAUGCAGAUCAACGCGGGACCCCCUACCCCUGCUGGCGCCGGAUAUGCUCCUCCCCCUCACAGUGCCCCUCCUCCAGUGAGUGCACCCUACUCUGGAGCCCCGCCCUCUUUCUCCCAAGCCCCUCCUUCUUUCUCCCAAGCCCCUCCCCCUGCAACCACUGCCCCGACACAAGCUCCGCCUCCUUCAUCUACUGCCCCGCCAUCAACACAGCACCAGCAAUACUACGGGGGGCUACCGCAACCAUCUCAACAAUACCCCCCCUCUAUGCCUCCCACGUCCCAGACACAGUUCACCUCUCCUGCCCCUCCCCAACAAGCUCCGCCCCCAUCGCAAUUCAGCUCCGCCGCUCCUCUACAACCUCCGCCAUCGUCCCAACCACAUUACACUUCGCCUUCUCCGCAACCACCUCAGUCAAUGCCCCAAAACUAUCCCCCAUCGUCGUAUUCGGGACCUACGGGACCAGCUCAGCCCGCCCCUCCGCCCGUGUCCCAAGCAUCGCAACUACGUUAUCCACCCCAACAACCUCCUCCAUCACAGCACCAGUCACCUCCCUUCUCCUCCUCUGCCCCUCCACCUAUGACUCAGCCUGGGUACGCCGCGGGACAGUCCCCUCUUCCUCCUCCACCCACCCAAGGGUCGUUCCCUUCACCCACAGCCCCACCUCCCACAUCUCAACCAGGAGCAUUUCCUCCGACCUCAACCUCAUCAGGACAGUUCCUCUCUGGGCCGAUGCCGCCACAGUCCCAGGGGCAAGUUCCGCUUCCUCCGCAGUCCCAAAAUCAGCCUUCCCCCUACCACUCAGGUCCGCCCCCUCCCAGACCCCAAAUGCCACCGACGUCGAUGCAACAGAGCAACCACAUGCCACCAUCACCGCAGGGACCCCCACCCAUGGGCCCCCCGCCUAUGGGACCUCCGGGACCCAUGCAGCAGCAGCCUCCACCUCAGCCUGGCAUGCCCACUGGGUACCCUCCUCAGCAAAAUGGAGCCUAUGGGCAGGUGAGAGCUGCUCAGCCCGGUUAUCCAGGCCCGUAUCCUGGACAACAGAACUACGGAGGCCCCGCCCCCGGCCCUGCCCCUGGCCCCGCCCCUGGUCCUGCUCCUCAGAAGAGACUGGACCCUGACGCCAUCCCCAGUCCGAUCCAGGUGAUUGAGGACGACAAGGCCAAGUGCACAGAGCCGUUCACUACAGGGGUCAGAGGUCAAGCCCCGCCCCUCGUCACUACAGACUUCCACGUUCGGGAUCAAGGGAACGCCAGCCCUCGGUUCGUGCGCUGCUCGGCCUACAGCAUGCCCUGCACCGCCGACAUGGCCAAACAGUCUCAGGUUCCUCUGGCCGCGGUCAUCAAGCCCCUGGCCACACUGCCCCCGGAGGAGACCCCUCCGUAUGUGGUGGACCACGGGGAGUCUGGUCCCAUCCGCUGUAAUCGCUGUAAGGCCUAUAUGUGCCCGUACAUGCAGUUCAUCGAAGGAGGGCGGAGGUUCCAGUGUGGUUUCUGUAGCUGUGUCACAGAGGUGCCUCAACAUUAUUUCCAGCAUCUGGAUCACACCGGGAAGAGAGUGGACUGCUACGACCGACCCGAGCUGUCUCUGGGCAGUUAUGAGUUUCUGGCCACUGUUGACUACUGUAAGAACAAUAAGCUUCCUCAGCCUCCUGCCUUCAUCUUCCUCAUCGAUGUUUCGUACAACGCGGUGAAGAGCGGUUUGGUCAGCAUGGUGUGUCAAGAGCUCAAGACGCUGCUGGACUAUCUGCCCCGGGAAAACCCAGAGGCAGACUCGGUGGUGCGCGUGGGCUUUGUCACCUAUAAUAAAGUGAUGCACUUUUAUAAUGUGAAGGCGAGUCUGGCCCAGCCGCAGAUGCUGGUGGUGUCGGACGUGUCGGACAUGUUUGUGCCACUGCUGGACGGCUUCCUCGUCAACGUGAACGAGAGCAGACAGGUCAUCGAGAGUUUGUUGGACCAGAUUCCAGAUAUGUUCGCUGACACAAGAGAAACAGAGACCGUGUUUGGACCAGUCAUUCAGGCCGGACUGGAGGCUCUCAAGGCUGCAGACUGCGCUGGGAAGCUGUUCAUCUUCCACACGUCUCUGCCGAUCGCCGAGGCUCCUGGGAAACUGAAAAACAGAGAGGACAAGAAGCUAGUGGGGACGGACAAGGAGAAGUCUCUGUUCCAGCCUCAGAUCAGCUUCUAUAACUCUCUGGCCAAAGACUGUGUGGCUCAGGGCUGCUGCGUGGACCUCUUCCUGUUCCCAAACCAGUACGUCGACGUGGCAACGCUCGCAGUGGUGCCUGUGUCCACCGGGGGCUCUGUCUAUAAAUACACAUACUUUCAGGCUCAGUCUGAUCAGGAGCGGUUCUUGAACGACCUCAGACGAGACAUUCAGAAGCUGGUGGGUUUUGAUGCUGUGAUGAGAGUCCGCACCAGCACAGGGAUCCGGGCCACGGACUUCUUGGGCUCGUUUUUCAUGAGUAACACCACAGACGUAGAGCUGGCUGGGCUGGACUGUGACAAAGCCAUCACCGUGGAGUUUAAACACGACGACAAACUGAGUGAAGACACGGGGGCGCUCAUGCAGUGUGCGGUCCUGUACACGAGCUGCAGUGGUCAGCGGCGUCUCCGAGUUCACAACAUGGCGGUGAACUGCUGCUCUCAGCUCGCAGACCUGUAUCGCAACUGUGAGACCGACACCAUCAUCAACUACUUCGCAAAGUUUGCCUUCCGUGGCGUCGCCAACAACCCCACGAAGACGGUGAGGGACACGUUGGUCAACCAGUGCGCUCAGAUUCUGGCCUGUUACAGAAAGAACUGCGCCAGCCCCUCGUCUGCAGGACAGUUGAUUCUGCCCGAGUGCAUGAAGCUGUUGCCCGUGUAUCUAAACUGUGUUCUGAAGAGCGACGUCUUGUUGCCGGCCGCUGAUGUUUCCCUUGACGACCGCGCGUACCUACGGCAACUGAUCAGCUCUAUGGACGUGGCCGAGACGCACGUGUUCUUCUACCCCCGACUCCUGCCCCUGACAAAGUUGGAUGGCGGGUCGUUGCCGAUGGCGAUCAGGGACUCGGAGGAGCGUCUGUCGAAAGGUGGAGUUUACCUCCUGGAGACGGGGCUGCACCUGUUCCUUUGGGUCGGAGCCAGUGUCCAGCAGGAACUUCUGCAGAACCUGUUUGGAACGCCGAGCUUCAGCCACAUCGACGCCAACAUGACGAGUUUACCGGAGCUGGACAACCCUUUCUCCAAGAGACUCAGAGAAAUCAUUUCAGAUUUCAGAGCACAGCGGCCGCGGUUCAUGAAGCUGAUGGUGGUGAAACAGGAGGAUCGCUCCGAGCUGAUUUUCCGGCACUUUUUGGUGGAGGACAAAAGCGCCAGCGGAGGAGCCUCGUAUGUGGACUUCCUCUGUCACAUGCACAAGGAAAUACGGCAACUCCUGAGCUAGGCCCCGCCCCCUUUACCCAUCAGGCACUUCUCCUCCUUCUCCUCCUCCCUCUCUCCCGGUCACUUUUCACCAUUAUUAUUUUGUGAACGAAAGCGCUUUACCUUUUUUUUUAACCUUAUGAAACUCGUCUCCAGCUGCCCGUGGAGCUGCUGGAGCCGCGUGUUGGCGUGUGUGGAUAAGAUUGUUCUAAAGCUUUUCUUUAGUAUGUAAAUAAGUACAAAAAUAUGUAUGCAACCUUUUUGGAGUGAAUGAGGGAGAUUUGAAGUUUAGUCCACUUACUGUCAAACAUAAACACUGAGACGAUUAGGGUCCGAUUAAAAAAAACGUAUAAUUACAAAACUUUUAUAUUAAACCCAUCAUAAUAAAAGUGCUGCUGCGCGUCUCCCCCCGUCAAAGGCCUUAGUGACACUUUCCAAGCUGCUCCUCUUGUCAAAAUAAAUGUGUUUACCUAGUGGAAUAUUUAAAGGUGCGCUCUGUAACCUUCCUGGUGAGCCGCGAGGUCCGUCACCAUGGAGAUUUUGUGUGGCUUUGGCUGGAAUUUUCCCCCAGUAUGGCAUUAAGGAUGUGAUUUUAUAGCAUGGGUUUCAUUACAGAGGUUUUAUUGGUCAAAAAAAAAAGAAAACAUUGAGAAACAGAUCUGGCCUGUAACUUGGCCUGGUGGCGUCGCCCUGGAGACAAAGCUUUGGCAGAAAAGUUCCACAGUGCACCUUUAACUAAUGCAUUAAUCCAUCUUCCCCAUAAACGUCAUAAUGAAGCUGUCACACUGUGGUGUUCUGGCCACAAUGAAAUGUUUUGAACUCUUGUAAUAAAUAAAAGUAUAUAUCUGAUUGGGGUAAAGUUCAUGUUUUAUGGGAUUUUUGGUUCAUUCUGGUGCGAAGAUGAAAUCGUUUAUAUCAGGAGAUUUGGAGUAGCAGAACGGACUAGGUCUCACUUUUGUAAUUCAAAACGUCUUAAGGUUUUAACCCUGUCAAACCAGCGGUGUGAGCGUUAAGGGGCGUUACCUUCAACAACCUUCACCUUAACAACGCUGUCAAUCAAACCUGUUGCUAACGCUAGUGGGUAAAGAAGGCGCCUGAUUAGUCUGUUAUUAAAAACAGGGUCAUAUAGAGCAUUUCGGUCUUAAAAUAUGAACAUUUUAAGACCAAAAUGACGAGUCUGACAACAGCAGUUACAGAGAGAGGGGCCGAUGCUUUUGUCAACCGUCUAAUCGAUUAAUACAUUUUUAAUCAAGUUCUUUCAAAUUGUCUUGUACAAGAGAUCGAGGUUAACUCCUGUCUGCUACUCCAAAUGUUUGAUCACUGCAAUGAGACCACGACCAGUCGAAAGUCUGGACACGCCCCCCUCUCAUUUAGGACACGCCCCCUCAUUCAGUAUUUUUAAAAUUUAUUUUUACUAUUUCUACAUUUUAUAAACACACAGAAUAGAUCAAAUAUAUGAAGUAAGAUUUAGGGAAUUAUAGUAAAGAAAAAACUGAAAUAACUGAUUUUUUUUAUUUUAUAUUCAAAUCCUCAAAGUCUCUGCCCUUAGCUCUACUAAAUAUUUUUUGACCAAGCAAUUUCACGUUUUUUCAUAUUUCUUACUUCAUAUCUGAUGUCUUCCGUUUGUUUAUAAAAUGUAGAAAUAGUAAAAUUGAAGAAAAAAUAAACCUAGAACUGAUCGAGUCCAAACUUUGUUGAAAACUGAACAUUUUCAAUGUUUUAGUGGAAAAAAGCCUCCUACCAAUAAUAUGUUUUAUUUUGGAAAUCUCAGUGCUACAAACUUUAUAAUUCUACUUCCUGUCUACAAUCUUUCCACAAUAAGACGUGACUCAUCUUUAACCACAACAAAACGCCAUCAAACUGUUUCACUGUUUUAUUCUGAAAAUCCAGUAUGUAAAUAAAAUAUACUAUAACAUGUACAGAAUUUAGACAAAACCCAAAUUUUAAAGGCCCACUGCGUAACUUUUCUGUUGGGGGGACGGGCCUGCCACCUGCUCGUCUCCAUGGAGAUGUUACUGCUUUGCCCGGAAUGUUCCACAGCACAGCAUUAACUGCAUCUAUCUUCGGUUUAUCCAUUGGUUUUAUUGCUGAAGCCCACUUUUAUAAACAUACAUUCUCACACGUCAGAUCCGUGGAGAGGCGAGCCCACUGACUUCAACUUGUCCUGGUAGAUAAGAGUGCUUUAAGGCCAUGCUGUGGAAAAUAACAAGAAAAAGCAAUCGCAUCUCCGUGGAGACAAGAACCCCUUGACAGACCCUCCACCAGAAAAGUUACACAGUGAAGCUUUAAAGAUCUGAAGCCUCAGUAGCUGCUGACGGCUUCGUGAAACCCCGACUCAUUUUGUCUGGAGUGAGUGUUGAGUUCGCGGUCCUGGUGAAUUCUUCUGAGGAACAGAGGGAUUGCAAACAUGCAGUUAUUUUUCCAACAUUUUUGAGAUUUGUUAAUUUCGCCUUUCCUCUUGUUUGUCCCUUUUCUCACACCGUAGAGGCUCUUUUCGUGUGGUGUUUGGUUAGACCCUCUGUUCCGACGUCACUGACCCAAUCGUUUUCACUGUAACUUUACAUUUUUGUUUCUUACUUUAAACUUUUUGAUCAGUUUUCCAUUGUGGCCUCUUGGGACUGCUAAUAAAUGAUUGUUGACGACGUUCACUGAGGAGUGGUAUUUUGUUACGUUAAAGGUGCUAAAUUAAACUGACUCUUGUAGCUUUAAUCCAUGUUCUAAUGUUGUUACCUCCUCAAAAAUAGACCUGGAGUUGUGAUUUAUCUCAUUCACACAUGUUUGUCCACAUCUCCAAAGCUCAAAAUGCUCUGUUGCACCUUGUGAUGUCAUGAAGUGGUAGUUUUCAACAGCUCCUUUUCCCUUUAGUUCAGUAGAGAUGUGGCAAUUCCAGGGCUGAAAUGAUCCAAAUGAUUCUAGUGAAGGUGUAUGGAGUUUAAAAACACAGCGGAGCACUUCCUGUAUUACCACAUGAUGACAUCACAAAGUGGAACAGAGCGUUUUCAGUUUGAGAGAACUAAACAUGUGUGAAUGAAACAAAACAACUCCAGGUCUGUUUAUGAUGAGGAAACAUUAGAAUAGUAUAAUAUGUAUUUGUCUUUAGGGUCCGCCACCUUCUCGUUUCCAUAGAGACGUGAUUGCUUUGCCUGGAAUGUUCCACAGUAAGACAUUAAAAGAAAUCUAUCUUACAUCUAUUUCAUUACAGGUGUUUUAUUGUUCAGAAAGACAUUUGUGGUAUCCUCUGCUUGCUUGUUGCUAUGGAGAAAAGUUACCUAUUGCCCCUUUAAGUAACAGGAGUCCAAGCCUUAGUUGAUGUUACACAGUAUAGCAUUAAAAACUCAUUGUUUCCGUGGAGAUAGACAUAAGCCAGUUUUUUUUUUUUUUAAAUCAAUAUAAACACAUGUACUUAGAUCAAAUGUAUUAAAGGUGCACUAUGUAACUUUUGUGGUAGGAGGUCAGUUCCAUGUUUGACUCAUAAAAAUGCUAUUGCUAAAUGCUAACUUUUUUUUUAGUGCCAAAAUACUUGCUUCUAUGGAGAUUGUUUAAUUAAAAGUUUUUGGAGCCUCUGCCCCAUUAAAACUUCAACAUUUCACUUUUUACAUAAAUUGAUUAGAUUUUGAGCUGAACCCACAACCCCCUCGUUAGACGCAGGGGAACAAACCACUGCACCACAAUGCGAUUUUAAGUUUUAUUUUCUGCAGAGCUGUGACGUGAGCUGGGGAAUAAAAAUGUUCAUAUUUUUGUCACAUUUUGUCACAAGUUAAAAUCCAAACAUUGAGACAUUCACUUUGAGAUUAACUCGUUUUCUUUGAUUUAAUACAAUACAACGUUCAACACAAGAGACCUUCAUUAAGUCCUCAAAAUGACACCUGUGACCCGGAAACAAACCCAGGAGUUACAAGCAAAUGAGUAACUUUUGGUUCAUAAAAUUGAACUUUUCAGACACUGUACUUUUACUCUUACUCGAGUAAUAUAUUGCACAGAUUAACAGUACUUUUACUCACACUGGGGAAGAGGAACCACAACUUUUACUCAAGUGGAAAGUGACUUAAUCUCUAUGUAACAAUAUGAAAUGAUCUGAACAUGGCUCCUUCAGAUCUGAUUUAGUUUGACUCAUUUUGUGCAUUAUAUAAUUUACAGUAAUUUACAGUUACUUAAACUCAACGGCUCUUGUACAGUGACUCUUACUCUAAAAAUACUAACAUUGAACUUAAGUAAAAGUACAAAGUUCCUUGAAGAAAUUACUUCAGUAACAUGAUUUUGAAUUUGAGUCACUGGCCUGAGAUAAAAAUGCUCAUUUCAAAUAUCUGAAACGUGAUUUAAACCAGUGAAAAUUUCAGUGCUCGUGUGAUCUACAUAUCGUACCAGUGUUUAAAGUGCAAAAAAAUAAACUAAAAUGUGCAAAAAACAUCUCAUAAUACUCAAAAACAUGUGCAAAUGUCAAAGAUGCAUCCUGUGAUUUCUGGUCUAGGUCUGCCUUGAUGGGUUUGCACUGCCCUCUAGUGGUCAGGAGGGACGCAACAUUAAAGUGCAUGUGAGGUUCUUUAGGCUCAUUUAACAAAAACAAUUAUAUUUAAGAUCUUACUAAAGAUCUUGCCUGGCGCUUUCUAUUUUUCCCUCAUAACUGUUACCUAGCAACCAUACUGUAAACAACAAGCUGUCUGAUUACGUAAUAGUUAUGACUUGAUUAAUAAAAAAUAC